CUCUCGAAAAAGAAAAGAAAAGCUAUACCCCUCUCCCCGUCUCCUCGCCGAGCCCCACAGCCCCCUGGCUCCGUGGAUCUUCUUCCUCCUCGCGCGAGCGCCGUCUCUCAUCCCGCUGCCCCCUAGCUCGUCUUCCUCCUCGCUCGAGCGCCUCCACCGCAGGUUCAUCUCCCCUUCGAUUCUCUCGCUCCCAUCACCCUACGAACGGAUUCCGCCCUUUAGAUCCCCGUUUCAUAAUCUUCCCCAAUUCGUAACGGAUUCCGCCUCCGCGUGGGUGAUCUAUAUAAGUUGAGACAGGGGCCUUCUCUUUCCUCUGAAGAAAUUUGCCAGGUUUGUGCAACGACCAGGUCUCUGAAAUUAGGGAGUCGUUACUGAAGAAAUUUAGCCAGGAGUCUGCGUGAGGAAUUUGUGAGUUUGGCCGAAGAUCUUUGCAGAGAGGCCCUGCUCCCAUGGAGUUGUGUAGCGUCGCCUCGAUAAUGAGCUUAGGGAGUCUCGCUGUACAACGGACACGUCUGUGCUCCAUAGCCUUGAGAGUUUUGCUGAAGCUGCUAGGCUUCGCUCCCAGUUCACUGAAGAAAUUCUGCAAAGAUGUCCAUCCACCAUUGACCGAGGCUAUCGUGGGCACAUCACCGGAGCUGCCUCAGGACGUCUUGAUGGGUAUCUUUGCCACCCUUGAAAUCCCUGACGUCAUACGUGCCGGCGCUGUCUGCCCCUCUUGGCACUCUGCAUUUACCAGCCUUACAAGCCUUGGGCAGUAUAAACUCCCACAGACGCCAUGCCUGCUCUACACUUCUGAAUCUUCGGAUGAUAGCGCGGCUUACCUCUACAGCAUCACCGAAAAGAGAUCGUACAAGUUAACUCUUCCCGACCCACCUAUCCGCACUAGGUAUUUGAUCGGGUCCUCUCAUGGCUGGCUGGUUACUGUUGAUGAAAGAUCUGAGAUGCAUCUUGUCAAUCCCAUCACAUGUGAACAGAUUGCUCUCCCUUCAGUGACCACCAUCGAGCAGGUGAAGCCCAUCUUUGAUCAGUACGGUGUUCUCCACAAGUAUGAGUUCUCGUGGCACACUGGACUGCGUGGUUCUAACUCACCAUCGAUUUUUGCUCUUGACAAGCUGCGGGACGUACUCCACUAUAAGGCGUUUGUGUUCCCUGAUACAUCCACGGGAAGCUACAUUGUGGUGCUCAUCCAUAAUUCAAUGUUCCAGCUAUCAUUUGCGAGGGUAGGGGAUGAUAAGUGGACCUGGCUGCCACCUAACGAAGACUAUAGCGAUUGCAUGUACAAAGAUGGCCUUUUGUAUGCAGUGUCUGUAAUGGGAGAACUUCACACCUUAGAUCUUAGUGGCCCUGUGGUCGUUAUGAAGACGAUGAUAAGCAUACCCAGGAAGUAUGAUUAUGAGUACACGUACAUUGUCCAGGCUCCAUGGGGUGGUCUACUGCUCAUUUGGAGAAUCUGUGAGGAUUAUGAAUUAGAACCUGAUCCUGGGGCAUCUGUGUUCUGGAACACUACAGAGUUCAGAAUAUAUGAAGUUGAGGCUGCAGGAAGUGAACUUAAGGAAAUCAAUUGCUUGCGUGACCAUGUUUUGUUUCUUGGGCAUAAUCAAUCACUCUGUCUCGGUGCUGAAGAAUACCCGUCUCUCAGGGCAAAUCACGUCUACUUCACUGAUGAUAAUUUCUUGUGGACAACGGGAUGUAAGAAUAAUCACCGUGAUAUGGGAACUCUCAACCUAGAUGAUAACAGCAAGGAGGAACUUGUGCCUCCACAGCUUUGGUCCAACUCUCCGGCUCCUGUUUGGAUUACGCCUGAUCUCAGAAAGAUAAACUUGGAUUCACGGGGGGGUUGAAAGAACAGUUUGCUAGGUUAUUGGGGCUGCUAGAAGAAGUUUUCUACAAAAUGCUGAAAGGGCCAUCGGACUGUACGUCAGCGCGUCAUCAUCACUUGACCGCGGCCCUUGCACACAAGAUUGGACCUAGUUGUUUUUUUGGUUGUAUUUUUGGCAAUGCCAAUUUCUUAUCUUAGCGUGUUGGUAUGAAUUAUUUAACCUUAAUUAUUUCUCGACGUCCAAUGAGUUCGUCGAUCUGUGUUUAGUACUCUGCUUAUAUAAAGAGGGCACCAAAGGACCCAGAGCUUAUAUAAGUCUCAAUCCCAAAGGGGAUAGUUUUGCGCUUCGUCCUAGCUCCACGAUAGCGCAGGCCUCGUUUGCUUGUCGUCUUGCGUCUGCUGCAGACCCUCUGUCAGUCGCAUGCGUCGUUUUUGUGGCUGGGCCUUUAUAAUAUCUUUGCUCUCAGUUUGUAUCUUCUACUUGCUUGGGAACAGCAAUUGUUUAAACUUACCAAAGGGCAUAGUCUGAGAUAUAUCUUUCUUUUGCCUUGGUAUUGUAGCUUUCUUGUUACAUUUAUUGCUCAUGAUGUUUUGGAACUGCUCUCCAGUAUGCAGCUGUGAUCCGUAGAGGCUGCUAAUUGUUUUGGUUGUCGCUUCCAUUUUUUAUGACAUGAAGAUUUGUGAGCUAAAUAAUAUAUCAUUGGCGUGUUCCAGUUUCCAUUUUCUUAAUGACAUGAAACAAGCUUCUCUGGUUAAUUUGUCAAAUCUUCGCUAAGCUUAACUUUUGAAGGUAACUCCUAAUGAAUUCUUUUUCCUGACAUUAUACUGUUAUUUGAUCAGUGCAAAAAGGAAGAUGCAAAGUGUCACUCUGUAUUCAUAUUCUGUACUUGUAAUUUUAGCGGCCGCAUAUGACUAGGUGAAGGCAAGUCUCGAUUCGUUCAGUUCAAGGUUAGCCCAAUUUUUCAGUAAGUAUAUGAGAAUCAUGAGCCAUCUUUAGACAUCUUCCAACACUGCAGACUUUUAUUGAUUGUCUUGGUCAGAAAUUAAUUUGGUAUUUGCACCCACCGAUGCCAAACACCCUUAUCAUUUGAGGGAAGUGUAGGCAGAAAAGUAGAAUAUGGAGUGAGGAUAAAGAGACCUAUCUAUCUACAAAUUCUAGUUGUUCAACAGUGUGCAAUGACAAAUUUUUUGCUUAUUCAUCUGAUACCCUGUAACAAACUCUGGUUGUCAGUUGGUCAGGUAUACACAACAUAAAUUACUCUUUACCACCUCAGUGACAGAAGCAUAUAGAUUUUCAGUUCACCUGUUUAACUGGCAUGUUUCCCAAUUUGUUACAGAUUGGUAAAUAUCCCCACCUUCCAUAUGUUGCUCUCGGUGGCUGUCAAGGUGCUUUUUCGUUUGCGCCGGUGUCAGCCAAUUUGCUUGCUUUGUUCCUUCCUGCCAUGGUUCAUUCCACUGGGACGUCGGGCAUUAUGCAGAGAAAUUCAUUCAAGUUGUCAGUGGAAUUUCCAGGAAAAAGUUGAUAAGCUAUUCCGAAUCCUGGCUCCUGUGUUCCUCCUUGGACUAUUACUGUCAACCUUACCACUCAGGUCAGCGCAGCUUGAGGGUAUUAUAAAUGAAGGAUCCUUGUGCCUGCUCCUACAGAAAUUUGAGCAGAUCAUUGUGUAUCAUUUGCAGUGACCACAGGUUUCUUAUAGAAUAAUUUUGCCUUUUUUUGUAUCCCUUCUAGCAGUAACGGAACUAAUAUAAUUUUCUAGGCUCUUUAAAUUUUUUUAUUAAGAGCCCAUACAAAAAUUUCAUUAGUGUUUAUAUUGAAAAAUUAUAUAAAUUUACAUCGAUCUAUA